ACCGCACCACCACGGCUCCACGCCACGCCGCGCAACCACACUACCACACCACCAUCACACGGGCCUGGCCCACCACCACCACCACCACCACCACAUCCACAACCACCACCUCCUCCGUCACCACCGCGGGCUGGCUGCGAGCUGGCCACCUCCAAGAGCAGCUACGGGCAUGUGGAGAGGGCGGCAGUCCGAGCGUGCCUGUCAGUGCCAGUGUGAGAACCUUUAGUGUGACCUGACGACGGGCAGUGAAGCCGGGAUGGCCCCCGACUCUAGAUUAUUCGCACCCGCCGCCACCACAGCCUCCCCGCGUUCCUCUCCGUCACACUUCCUUCCCCGCACCUCACCUCUCACAGGAGAGGAAGGCCUCUGGUUCUCGGGCCCCUCCUCCCCCUCCUGCUCACGCCCUUACACCCCUUUAUGCUCAUCGUCCUAUAAGCCCUCAACUCAAGCCUCUCCAGUAACCUUAACAAAUUCUCAACCAUCCCAUUCCUUAGCACCCACGAUGGCUUAUUCCGAGCCAUCGGCUCCUCACGCCUCCCUAGCUCACAAAGCCUCACCAUCCCCCAGUGCCGCCCCAUCCCAUGCACCUGCCAUCACUGCCUCUCCUUCCUCAGUUAGUAGUUCCUCUUCCUCCUCUGUUUCUUCUUGUUACUCAUCUACCUCACAAUCUAUUUCAUGUUCCUCCUCCUCAUCCACCUUUCCUACCGCCACCGCCACCGCCACCACCACCACCACCACAACCACCACCACAAGUAGUAUCAUCGUACAGUCACAAUCUUCCGUACGGGAGGCGCCUCAGCGGUGGGCGUUCUGGCCUCUCGUCCUACUCAUCGUCUGUCUUCCAAAAGAGGCGGCGUGCGGCCACAACGAGAGGCGGCUCCUGCACGACCUUCUAGACAGCUACAACCCCCUGGAGCGUCCAGUUCACAACGAGAGCGAGCCGGUGGUCGUGUCGUUUGGCAUCACACUCCAACAGAUUAUAGACGUGGAUGAGAAGAAUCAGCUCCUAAUAACAAACACAUGGUUAAAAUUGGAGUGGAAUGAUGUCAACCUACGGUGGAAUGAGUCCGAUUAUGGCAAUGUGAAGGACCUAAGAAUUCCACCUUAUAAAAUAUGGAAACCAGAUGUUUUGAUGUACAACAGUGCCGACGAGGGUUUCGAUGGGACAUACCAGACGAAGGUGGUCGUCUCUUCCACCGGCAACUGCCUCUACAUCCCGCCGGGAAUCUUCAAGUCUACUUGUAAGAUAGAUAUUACCUGGUUCCCCUUCGACGACCAGCGAUGCAAGAUGAAAUUUGGUUCCUGGACGUACUCAGGCUGGCAGCUCGACCUACAACUGCAGUCAGAGGACGGCGGCGAUCUCAGUGAUUUCAUCAAGAACGGAGAGUGGGACCUCAUUGAGGUUCCUGGUGUGCGAAACGUUCAGCAGUACCAAUGCUGCCCAGAGCCAUAUGUGGACAUAACCUUCGUCAUCAAGAUCCGGCGUCGAACUAUCUAUUAUUUAUACAAUCUGGUUCUGCCCUGUGUAAUGAUAAGCAGUAUGACCUUGCUUGGAUUCUCACUUCCCCCUGACACUGGCGAGAAACUGACACUAGGGGUUACCAUUCUCCUCUCCCUGACAGUUUUCCACAAUCUGGUGACCGAGACGCUGCCCCAAGUGUCGGACGCCAUGCCUGUGCUAGGCACCUACUUUAACUGUAUCAUGUUCAUGGUGGCCUCGAGUGUGGUUAGCACCGUUCUUAUACUCAACUACCAUCAUCGGUCGGCGGAAACCCACGAAAUGUCGCCCAUGGUGAAAAGCCUCUUCCUGCAGUGGUUACCGUGGGUGCUACGUCUCAACCGGCCGGGGGAGAAGAUCACACGCAAGACAAUUAUGAUGAACAACAAAAUGCGGGAGCUUGAACUGAAGGUACGGCAAGAAUGCCCCUUGGAGGAGAGAUCGUCCAAGUCACUUCUGGCCAACGUGCUGGACAUAGACGAUGACUUCCGAGCUCACACGCUGCCGCACACCCACACAACCAACACCAACAACACUGCGGGCUUCAUUAGGGUGCCUCACGGAGGCCACUCCGUCGACGAUUCUCACCUCGUCCAUACCUGCAUGUCCUCAUGCACCAGGGAGCUCAACCUUAUCCUCAAGGAGAUUCGAAUUAUUACGGACAAGAUGAGGAAAGAGGACGAGGAAAGCGAGGUGAAAAACGACUGGAGAUUCGCUGCCAUGGUGCUGGAUCGCCUCUGCCUCAUCAUCUUCACCCUGUUCACCAUCACCGCCACCGUCGCUGUGCUUCUUUCGGCACCUCACAUUAUUGUUCCGUAAUACAACGUAGCCGGGGUGGAUUCGUCGGCCUCAUCGUAAUGGUUUGGUGCAACCUUCAAGCACCAGCAUUACGAUGUCUUGUAAAAUGAACCCGUCAUGGGGUUCAUCUGCCUAUGUUCCAUACUCCGGUUUUUUGGGCAACUCCGCCCACGUCGCUGAGGCACUCGAGGGGAGGACCUUAAUGCCGCCUCGCCCGAGGCAACGGGCGACGGGUGAUCGCCCCUCCUCGUUCUGGUCACGAUGCUUCCAUAAGUGCCAAAGGGCCGGCAUUUACCUGGCUCGCGGCGACAGUGUGUCACACCCUCGCUCAAGCCCACGCCCUCGUCAGACUGCUAUGGCCCGCCCACACAUAUGUACCAUAGCUCCAGCCUGUCCCACGCAUCCUUGAAGUUCCCCUCUACUACAUCUUCGCCAAGAUGGAGUCAUUACCCAGUCCAGUCGAACGUCAUUGGGUCCGUGAGCGGAUGCUGAACAUCACGUCUGGAGGGAGCGGGUCUACGCGAUGCCCGGGGCGCGUGCACAAGUGAACCGUCGGAUUGUGCGGUGCGGCGGGCCCGAGUAGUAACAGCAACAGCAGCAGCAGCAUACAGGGUCGGGGGGGCCGUGCUAUGUUUCCUCUUGCCACCGCCGUCUAGCGGAAAGGGUUCUACACUGUACUACUUUUGUCACUCAUAUUAUUCGGCAAAAAUGAAGGUAUGCCGAUCCGCGGCAUACACUUUGUUCCCUUGCUCAUUCGUCAGUAUUACGUGAAUCCGAGACCAUCAUAAGCAUUAGAUGCUUGAUGAUAUGCUCUUUUCUUGUAACAUUAAGCUUAUCUUCCUUUAUCUUGAUCUGUUCAGGCAAGUUUAGUCUCCAGGCAAUAAUAUCACCCUUGGCUGGGAGCUGGGAGCGUGGCCUGGCUAUUCACUUCACUACUUGACUUGCUUCUCCAUCGUACUCGUCACCACAUCCUUUCACUGAUUGCCCAGCGCUCAAACAAGCCCUUCAUCCUCAUUUUCCAAAACAUUACUCUCUCAAUCUCACUUGUCUCUAUUCAUGGUUCUUAUUUAGCAUGCGACCCUGAGCAGCCCGCCCGUUCCCAGUCCCUCCCCCUAGAAGCCCGCCCCGCCCUGCCCAAACCCGCCUCGCUCGAGCGGUGGCCAGGGCCCAGCACAGAGUCGCGCCCCCAGUUCCCCGGCGAACACUAUCUGUUACUCUACACAAAACUUUUAACUUGUCUCUACUCUAAUGUUGGUGUACAUAAGCGUUUUAUAUUUUUUUUUUUUUUUAUCUUAGAAUGGUUAUCAAGUGGCUCAUGAAUUAAGUAAAAGAAUUAUGUGAACAUCUCUUUUAGAGCUCAAGUUACAUGGAAUGAUGGUUGAUUGAAAAACAAUUGCAACAAAUUUCAAGUCAAUUGAUGCCAUACCGUAUCACUUUCCAUUUUAUACAAUAACAGAGAAAAUAAUUCCCCAAAGACAAUACCUGACAAUAAAUACAAACCAGUGCGCAUUACCAAAAAAAAAAAAAGAAAAGGAGAAACAAAAG